AUGGCGACGGUGGUGCUGGAACCCGAGUCGGAGCCGUCUUGUAGCCUUCCCGGCGUGGUCCCCCCUUCGCCGAGCCUGUCGCACCGCUUCCUAGACAGCAAAUUUUAUCUGCUGGUCGUGGUGGGCGAGCUGGUCACGGAGGAGCAUCUGAGAAGAGCCAUCAGCAAUAUAGAGCGAGGUAUCCGAUCAUGGGACACAAACCUCAUUGAAUGCAACUUGGAUCAAGAACUUAAACUUUUUGUGUCUCGCCAUUCAGCUCGAUUCUCUCCUGAUGUGAGAGGUCAGAAAAUCCUUCACCACAGAAGUGAAGUUUUAGAAACUGUUGUGUUGAUUAAUCCUUCAGAUGAAGCAGUCAGCACUGAGGUGCGUUUAAUGAUAACAGAUGCUGCACGACAUAAACUUCUGGUACUAACUGGGCAGAACUUUGAAAAUACAGGCGAACUCAUUCUUCAGUCAGGUUCUUUCUCAUUUCAGAAUUUCAUUGAGAUCUUCACAGACCAAGAGAUUGGAGAAUUGUUGAGCACUACUCACCCUGCCAACAAAGCCAGCUUAACACUUUUCUGUCCCGAGGAAGGGGACUGGAAGAAUUCAAACCUUGACAGACACAACCUUCAAGAUUUCAUCAACAUUAAGCUGAAUUCUUCUUCUAUUUUGCCUGAAAUGGAAGGGCUUUCUGAAUUCACAGAAUACUUGUCAGAGUCAGUGGAAGUACCAUCACCAUUUGAUAUUUUGGAGCCGCCAACAUCAGGAGGCUUUCUGAAACUUUCUAAGCCUUGUUGUUACAUUUUCCCUGGCGGAAGAGGAGAUUCAGCACUAUUUGCUGUGAAUGGAUUCAACAUGCUUAUCAAUGGAGGUUCAGAGAGAAAAUCUUGUUUCUGGAAACUCAUCAGACAUUUGGACAGAGUAGAUUCAAUUUUGCUUACUCACAUUGGAGAUGAUAAUUUGCCAGGAAUUAACAGCAUGUUACAACGGAAGAUAGCAGAAUUAGAAGAGGAGCAGUCUCAAGGCUCUACUACCAAUAGCGACUGGAUGAAAAAUCUAAUUUCACCUGAUUUGGGAGUUGUAUUUCUUAAUGUUCCUGAAAGCCUAGGAAAUCCUGAUCCUAAUUUGCAAUUAAAAAGAAGUGUAGAGGAGGCUUGCUUUACAUUGCAAUACUUAAACAAGCUAUCCAUGAAACCAGAACCUCUCUUUAGAAAUAUAGCAAACAACACUGAACCCAUUAUCCUUUUUCAAAAAAUGGGUGUAGGGAAACUGGAAAUGUAUGUGCUUAACCCAGUCAAAAACAGCAAAGAAAUGCAAUAUUUCAUGCAGCAGUGGACAGGUACGAACAAAGAUAAAACUGAACUAGUGUUACCAAAUGGUCAACAAAUAGACAUCCCAGUUUCCUACUUGACUUCGAUCUCAUCUUUGAUUGUGUGGCAUCCUGCAAACCCUGCUGAAAAAAUUAUCAGAGUUCUUUUCCCAGGGAACAGUACACAAUAUGGCAUAUUAGAUGGCCUAGAGAAGCUCAAACAUUUGGACUUCCUUAAACAACCAAUAGUGACACAAAAAGACUUAAGUGGUAACCUGGCAAGUCCAGCAGUAAAGCAGACAAAACUGAAGCAGAGAACAGAUAGUAAAGAAAGUCUCAAGCCAGUCACUAAAACGCUGUCCACAAAGACUGUCAGAAAAGAAUCAAGAGAGGAGGCAACUGACACAGGGAAAUCUAGCCCACCAGAAAAGGCUCAAAAAGUAGAAAAUAAACCUGUCAUAAAAAAGGAUAAACCGGCAAAAAGUGAAAGUAGGCUCUCUGUGACUGAAAAAGAUCUAACAGCAAAGGAGCAACAAAUUGUGAAAUCUGAAACUGUUGAAAAGCAAGCCACUGAUGUGAAACCAAAAGUAAUAAAGGAGAAGCAUGUGAAAAAGGAAGUGAAAGUAAAAUCUGAGGAAAAACAAGAGGAGAAAGAAAAGUCAAAGAAAGAGGUGCCCAAGAAGGAGGAAAAAUCCCAGACCAAGAAAGAAGAAAAGCCUAAAAAGGAUGAUUUGAAGAAAGAAAUAAAGAAAGAAUCUAAAAAAGAGCCAAAGAAAGAAGCUGCUCCAAAAGAACCCAAAAAAGAAGAGAAAAAGGAAGCGAAAAAGGAAGAAAAGAGAGAAAUCAAGAAGCUUCCUAAGGAGAUGAAGAAAACCUCUGCUGCUUUGCCUGAAUCAAAGAAGGUUGCAGCAAAGCCAAAACCACAGAAGAGGGAAGAACCCAUCAAAAAAGAAAGUGGACUUGCUGGGAAACCCAAAGAAAAAGUUAAAAGCAAGCCAGUGAAGAAAGAUCUCAAAGUGGCUGAAACAUCAGCUGCAGCUGUGACUGUUUUGGGAGCUGGGGCUGCAACAGUGGCAGCUGCAAGCCUAGCAGCCAGUGGGAAAGAACUUGAAGUUGAGAGAUCGCUUAUGUCCUCACCAGAAGACUUAACGAAAGAUUUUGAAGAACUAAAAGCGGAAGAAGUUGAAGUAGUGAAGGAAACAAAGCUUCAGGACGAUAAAGUUAAUAAUGAAAGCCAGCUAACUGACAUAGAACAAAAGGAAGAUUACACAGUUAAAAAAGAAAAAAUUGAAGGUCCAACUUAUUCCCCUGAUGAAGAUAUCACCGCUGCAGAACCUGAGGGAGAAUGUGAACAAACUCCUGAAGAGCUGGAAUCUGUGGAAAAGGACAAGGUUGGUGACAGUGAAAAAUUUGAGGAGGAAGGAGCAGGAUUUGAAGAAUCUUCUGAGGCAGGUGAUUAUGAAGAAAAGGCUGAGACUGAAGAGGCAGAAAUACAAAGGGACAAUGAGGAAGAAAAAUUGCCAGCAAGUUUCAAAAAGCAAGAAAGCAUAAAGGAUAUCAUUGACACAGGAGAGAUUGAAAAAGAAAUGAUAGAAGCCCCUGAAAAUGAAAAAAUGAAAGGGUUAAUGUAUGGUAAAAAUGCAGAAUUUAGAAUGGAAUAUGAAGACCAUUAUGAAGAAAUUGUAGAUGAAACAACAGUUGAAAAGGCAGAAACAGAAGAUACUGAGGAAGAAAUUGAAGAAGACAAAACCGAGGAGGUCAAAGAUGAAGAGGAAACUGAAAAAAUACAAGCUGGAGAGGAUUACGUCAUGGCUGUAGUAGACAAAGCAGCUGAAGCUGCUGAAAUGGAUGAUAAAUACGGUUUGUCUAUAACUACUCCAACUAAAUUGUCAGAAUCUCCAUCUCCAGCAAAGGAACCAGCAUCUUCAAUCCAUGAUGAAACUCUACCUGGUGGGUCAGAAAGUGAAGCAACUGUUUCAGAUGAAGAAAACAGAGAAGACCAGCCUGAGGAAUUCACUGCUACUUCAGGUUAUACCCAAUCCACUAUUGAAAUAUCCAGUGAGCCAACCCCAAUGGAUGGAAUGUCAACUCCAAGAGAUAUAAUGAGUGAUGAAACAAAUAAUGAAGAAAGUGAAUCUCCUUCCCAAGAAUAUGUUAACAUUACUAAGUAUGAGUCAGCACUAUAUUCUCAAGAUUUUGCUAGACCUAAAAUUGCUCCUCUUCCUGAUGCUUUUAAUGGAUUAUCUGAAGGAUCAAAAACAGAUGCUACUGAAGGCAAAGACUAUAAUGUUUCAGCUUCUACCAUUUCACCACCUUCUUCAUUAGAGGAAGAUAAAUUUAACAAAUCUUCCUUCCAGGAUCUGUAUCAUUUUCGGGAAAAUGAAUUCAAAACUAUUAAUAGAUUAGAAAUUUCAGAAACUUGGGAUGAGAAGAUAGAUGAAAGUCCAGCCCCACUAUCACCAGUUGCUAAAACACCUCUUAGUGAACGUAGUGUGAACUUUUCCCUAACUCCCAAUGAGAUUAAAAUAUCAACUGAGCCUGUAUCUCUCACAAUACUGCCAGAAAAACGUCACGAAACCCAGGAAGAGCAGUGCCCCAGCCCUGAUGAUAAAACAUUAGAAGUGGUAUCUCCUUCACAAUCAGCUGCUGGAAGUGCUGGUCACACACCUUAUUAUCAGUCUCCCACUGAUGAAAAGUCAAACCAACUUCCAACUGAGAUUCCUGGAAAGACAACUGAAGUACCAAUCAGUGUUGAAGUUAGUGAUGCCAAAGACAAUGUUGCAAAACACAGAAUAAGCCCAAUGGAUGAACCAGUACCUGAUUCUGAAUCGCCUUUUGAGAAAGUGCUUUCACCUUUACGAAGUCCACCGCUUAUUGGUACAGAAUCUUCUUAUGACACAUUUUUAAGUGCUGAUAUUAAAUCUCUCAAAGAAACUGAAACCACCUUUGAAAAGAAAAGUGAAACAAAUGAUUCUGUGUUGCAGAAGAGCUCAGUCUCUGAAUUUGCUUCAACAAACAUUUUCCAAGACCAGCAGGAUGAAAAAGAUUUGGAGCUGACACCUCCAAAAUCAGACAUUUUUCUAGAAAAGAAAAGGGAUGAUUUAGAAACUUCAGAGAUUCAGUCUGCAUUAGUUUUGGAUGAGAGGAAGCUGGCAGAGGUUUCUCCUACUCAGGUGGAUGUUGGUCAUUUAGGCUAUUUCAAAGAGGACACUAAAAUGUCAAUAUCUGAAAGUACUCUGUCUGAUAAAUCUGCAACCCCGGUUGAUGAAGUUGUAGCAGAAGAUACUUAUUCACAUAUUGAAGGAGUUGCAUCUGUUUCUACAGCUUCUGUUGCUACUAGUUCAUUCCCAGAACCAACCACUGAUGAUGUAUCUCCUUCAUUACAUGCUGAGGUUGGAUCUCCUCACUCUACUGAAGUUGAUGAUUCUCUUUCUGUGUCUGUUGUACAAACACCAACUACAUUUCAAGAAACAGAAAUGUCUCCAUCGAAAGAAGAUUGUCCAAGACCAAUGUCUAUUUCUCCACCAGACUUUUCUCCUAAAACAGCAAAGUCAAGGACUCCAAUACUAGAUCACAGAUCUCCUGAACAAUCAACUAUGUCAGUAGAAUUUGGACAAGAUUCACCUGAACAGUCUUUGGCCAUGGAUUUUAGCAGACAGUCACCUGAGCAACCCAUAGUAGGUGCUGCUGUGCACCAUAUAUCUGAAAAUGGUCCCACAGAAGUUGAUUUUAGCCCUUCAGAGAUGCAAGAAUAUGGAUUUCCAAAUAAAAUAUCGCCAGUGGAACAAGUAUGUUUUAGCCACGAGAAGGAUAUUUCAGAGAUUAUUUCAGUUUCUCAGAUAGAGGCUUCGCCUUCACCUUCCACUUCCUCUGUUCAUACACCUUCACAGGCAAGUUCUCCCCUGCAAGAAGAAAUUUUAUCUGCUGUUACACAGCCUAGUGAUAUGCCAAUACAUUCUACAUUUCCAUCAGAAAAAAUGCAAAGCUUAGGAGAGAAACUCUCACCAAAGUCUGAUUUAUCUUCAUUGACACCACGGGAAUCUUCUCCUUUAUAUUCACCUAGCUUUUCAGAUUCACCACCCAUAAUGAAAGAAACAAUGGCUGCUUCUCAGUCAUCUCUAUUAUCGCUGCACGUAUCCCCAGACAAAUUGUUUGGCUAUCAUACAUCAAUAGUUCAAGACCCUGAGACAAAACAUGGUCAAGCGCUUCUAGUAUCUAAGGAUCAGGAAGAUACAGAAGAAACAUCCAUAUCACCAGAACCACUUAUUUACUCUUAUAAGGAAACUGGAAAAAGCACUAGGUCACCUGAGGCUGUUAGCUAUUCCUAUGAAAAAACAGAGGAAGUCAUUGAAUCCCCUGAAACUUUUGAUUACAGCUAUGCUGCAAAAGAAAUCACCAGAUCAAUAGAGGCAGAUAAUUAUUCCUAUGAGAAAACAGAAAAAAGCACCAAGUCACCAGAAGCCCUUGAUUAUUCUUAUGAAAAAUCCACCAAACCAUCAGAGUCUGUCCAUUAUUCUUUUGAGUCCACAGAGAAAGCUACCAAAUCACCUGACAUUUCAAGUUAUCGCUAUGAGAAUGAUAAAUACUUUGUUUUAGAAAAAUCUGAAAUCCGUCAAGAUGUUGAUUUAUGUCUUGUCUCAUCCUGUGAAUACAAGCAUCCCAAAACAGAACUGUCGCCUUCUUUUAUAAAUCCUAAUCCCUUAGAAUGGUUUGCAAGUGAAGAACAAUCUCAAGACCAAGAAAAGCUGUUAAUUCAGUCAGGAGGUGCUCCACCACCCUCUGGAGGAAAACAGCAAGCUCGCCUGUGUGGUGAAACCCCCCCAACUUCUGUAAGUGAAUCUGCUCCGUCACAGACCGACUCAGAUGUACCCCCUGAAACAGAAGAGUGUCCUUCUAUUACAGCAGAUGCUAACAUUGAUUCAGAAGAUGAAUCUGAAACGAUACCAACAGAUAAAACAAUUACGUAUGAACACAUUGAUCCUCCCCCAGUCCCUGUUCAAGAUCGCAGCCCUUCACCUAGGCACCCAGAUGUCUCCAUGGUAGAUCCAGAGACAUUGCCUAUUGACCAGAACCUAGGGAAGCCUUUGAAAAAGGAUCUGAAAGAAAAAACAAAAACAAAAAAGCAGGGGACUAAGACCAAAUCUUCCUCUCCUGCCAAGAAGAGUGAUAGCAAACCUAAGCAAGUGGCUUCUCCAAAACCUGCUGGCUUGAAGGAAUCAUUGGAUAAAGUUUCCAGAACAGCUUCUCCAAAGAAGAAAGAGUCUGUGGAGAAAGCUGCCAAAAAUAUCUCUACUCCAGAGAUAAAAUCAUCUCAUAAUGAAGAGAAAGAUAAGGAAACUAAGAAUGCAGCGAAUUCUACAACAUCAAAGUCAGCAAAAACUACAACCUCAGGAUCUGGAAAUGGGAAACCAACAAAAUCUAUAGCUGUGCCUCCAGGACCUCCUAUGUAUUUGGACCUGGUGUAUAUUCCCAACCACAGCAAUAGCAAGAAUGUUGAUAUAGAAUUUUUCAAGAGGGUGAGAUCAUCCUAUUAUGUUGUGAGUGGGAAUGAUCCUGCUGCUGAAGAACCAAGCAGGGCUGUCUUGGAUUCUCUGUUGGAAGGCAAAGCUCAGUGGGGAAGCAAUAUGCAGGUGACAUUAAUCCCAACGCAUGAUUCAGAAGUGAUGAGGGAAUGGUACCAAGAGACCCACGAGAAACAACAGGAUCUUAACAUCAUGGUUUUGGCAAGCAGUAGCACCGUUGUUAUGCAAGACGAAUCUUUCCCUGCAUGCAAGAUUGAACUGUAAAAAAAAAAAAAAAAGCAAUGCAUUUCAACUUUAAACUUUGUUUCCAGAAAUUCUUCAAUUUGAAAAUACUUUUUCUAAAAAUAUAAUCCAUUUAAUUCAGCUGCUGAACUAUAUAUACCUGCCAAAUGCUAUACUGUAUCAGAGUGAUGCAAGUCACUAUUUUUUUUUCAGUCUUUGCUAAUUGCUAAGGGAAAUAACAGUAUUCCCACCAUAGGGUUCAAAUUACUGCAAAACCUGCAGAUUCAGGUUCAUCUUCAUUGAACACUUAGGAAACCAUGCACUAGCAAACACUGCUGACUUCUGCCAGGCUGGGGGCAUUUGCUCUUGGAAGAAACAGAGAGUAAAGGUGGAGAGAGAGGAGG